AUGUCACUUUGGCACGACUGGCUCGCUCACUCAACUUCAUUCUUCGACAACCCAUACCACCCUAAGCAUCGCACGAGCUCGCUCACCUGGCUCGACACCACUGAUCACCUGCUCGGCAACCUCUUCGAUUUUGAGCAAGCCAUCAUGUCUGCUCCCAGCUCGAAACUCGAUAUCAAACAGUUCGACUCAGUCCAGAAACUUCUCGGCAAGGAAAACUGGCGAGAGUGGAAGCAGGAUGUCACACUGGCCAUUCGCUUCAGCAGCUCGGCACAGUUCACCUUCUCAGACUCUAGCCCUGCCCAGCAGGCCACUGAAGGGUGGAGUGCUCGAGAUGAGCUCGUGGCGACUGGGAUACUCUACACCUGUGAUCGCUCCAUCGCUGCUGAGUAUCUACACCUCCUCGACGACCCUCAGUACAAGAACUGCCGAGCUCGCACCCUCUGGUGCUCGCUCGAGUCCACCUAUGGGAGCUCGGGCCUGCAAUAUGUCUUCUCGGUCGGCCGCAAGUUCCUCGAAUCACGCUGUGAAUCAGAUGACGAUGUCGAGACAUGGCUCAACUCCGUCUUCCAGCAGUACAGGGAGCUCCAGCUGCUCGAUUUCAGGCUCGACUCCCUCCUGCUCAAUGUCAUCAUUGCAGGCCUCCCUCCUCGCUUCGACAACUUCAAAGACCAGCUCUGGGCUCGCUCGACACUCCCAUCUCGAGAUGAGCUCAAAGUCAUGAUCCUCAAUGUCAAUGCAGGUCACUCGACUGGUGACUCGUCAGUGAAGGCCUUCGCCAUGGGACUCGACUCAGCUGCUUCCGAGCUCACAAACUCUGCAGCUCGCUCGGUCGCCAUCCCUCAGGUCGUUGAGGCACUCUACUCUGGCCUGAGAAAGGGUGGGAAACGCCCAUGCAAGGACCACCCUUGUCUGCGUUGCGGCUCGAUCACUCACUGGAUCAGUGAAUGCCCCCAUGAGCUCGUUACUGGUGGGAGACGCAGACCCCGAGGUCGACGCUCUGGAAAGAAGGAGGAGAAGGAGCACAAGACAGAGCCGAGCGAGGAGUCAGCCAAUGUUGCCCUAGUGGCUCGGACCGACCCCUCGACCACCUUCGAGUCUCACUCAGAGUUCAAGGAGGAGUUUCUGUUCCAAGUGGAAGUCCGUGCAGCUGCUGAGGAUAUUACCAUCGACCCCUCAGCCCUUGCCGCUGUUGCUCAAAAGAGUUGGGUUAUUGACUCUGGAGCGAGCAGGCAUAUGACUGGUGACCUGAGCUGGCUCACCGAGCUCACCCAGCUGGAUGUUCCUCGCCGAGUUACAGUUGCAAAUGGCAAAGCACUCAACUCGACACACCAGGGAACUGCUCGCUUGCUCAAUCAUGAGGGACGUGCCCUUGGCCUCCAAGGUGUACUCUAUGUUCCUGGACUGGCCUACAACCUCUGCUCGGUCAAUGCUCUCACUGAGGCUGGAGCCUCUGUCGAGUUCGCAAAACAGCAAUGCGCAGUAAUGCACAAAUCGGACGUCGCUGCUCGAGCUACUAAGAUCGAUGGCAACUACAUCCUGCAAGUUUCGCCUCGCUCGCUCUCACCUGCUCGCUCGCCCAAACUCGCUCGCUCGCCUGAGUCCGCUCGCUCGGCUGAAGUUGCUCGUGCACUGGAGAUGACUCGCUCGCUGGAUCCCACCUGCUCGCAUCUGGCUGCUCGCUCGGACUCUCUGGCCUCACUUGAUGGCAUCCUCAGUGCCUUCCCAGCAUCUGUGCCCAGUCGCUCAGCUGUAACAGCUGCUCCUGGUUUCCGACAGACCCGAGCUAAGGCUGACUGGGAGACAUGGCACCGUCGCCUCGGUCACCUUAGUGACAGCUCUAUGAAGAAACUGCUCGGGGGCCUGAGCACCGGCUGCUCGGUCGCUCGCUCAUCUCAGAGCAACCCCUCGGACUCCUCAAAGCACACUGCCUCUGUCUGCCCAGGCUGCGCUAUGGGUAAAAUUGUGAGACCCCCCUUUCACUCUAGCGACACACGAGCUGAUGCCCCUCUUGAACUCAUUCACUCAGACUUAUGCGAAAUAGGAACUCGGUCAGAAGGGGGAGCUCGGUACAUGAUGCUCCUCAUUGAUGACUACACUCGGUACACCUGGGUGUACUUCCUCGCCAAAAAGUCGGAUGCAUUGAAGUGUUUCAAAGAGUGGCAGGCACACGCAGAGUGUCAGCUCGAGCGCAGAGUGAAAGUCUUCAGGACAGACAAUGGAGGAGAGUACUUGUCUCGGCUGUUCAAAGAGCACCUAGCUGGGAAGGGGAUCACGCACCAAACGAGCUGUGCCCACACCCCUCAGCAGAAUGGUGUGUCCGAGCGAGCCAAUAGAGUGAUCUGUGAGCGAGCUAUCGCAAUCAUGCACUCUGAGCGCAUCCCUCUCUCACUCUGGCCACAGGUCAUUGAGACUGUUGUGUUCCUCAAGAAUCGGGCACCUUCUCGCUCAGUCACGACAACUCCUUAUCAGCUUCUAUUCAACAGGAAGCCAAGUCUGCGAGACCUCAGAGUCUUUGGGUGCACUGCCUAUGUGCUUAUUCGCAAGGGAGCUCGGGCCGCCAAGCUUGCAGACCGAGCUAUCCUCUGCAUCUUUCUUGGGUACUCAGACACCCAGAAGGCAUGGAAGUUCUGGGAUCCAGUAGCUCGGAAGCUGGUGGUGUCCCGAGAUGCGAUCUUCGAUGAGCAUACCUCGGCUGCUCGGCUCGGAAGACCGCAUGUCUCGCUUGAGGACCUGGAGCGAGCAAUGCUCGGAUCCCUUCCCCGCAGCCUUCCCUACUCGGAGCUGGUGACUCAGCUCCCAAACAUGUCCUCUCACCCCCCGCCCGAACCUCAGCAACCGAGCUCGGCUGACUCCCAUAUGCAUGGUGACAACCCUGGCACUGCUCCUCAUGGAGCAUCCACUCGACCUAGUGCUCAGGACUUCGUGGAUGCAGUGGGAGAUGUUUCAGGAGCAGUGGGAGGUGGCAGAUCUGCUCGACAUGCAUCCAGCACCAGCUCGGUGUCGGAAAGAGACAGCUCGGACACAAUGGGAGACAGCUCGGAGGCAGUGGGAGACAGCUCGGGAGCAGUGGGAGACGGCUCAGGAGCAGCAGGAGACAGCUCGGGAGCAGUGGGAGAUCACUCAGGUCUCACACCAGCUCGCCCAACUAGCCCUGGCCCUCCCAUGCAGUGGCCCGCAUCUAACCAGGCAGCGCAGACACCGGCUCAACCUACAGGCCCAGGUGCACCCGCUCCUCGGACUCCAGACCAACCCUCUCGCUCAGUCAACCUUGAGCCUCGACGCCCUCACUCAUCUGGCCCCGAGCGAGCACUGUCCAGAGUACCAGUGGCCCAGCGCUACUUCUGGGACACCAUCCCAGAGCGCACCAUCGAGCAACCCAUCGAUCCCAACCUCCCUCGGACCCGCUCAGGCAGAACAAUCCGCCCUAACCUGCAAGGUCUCCUCGCCCAGCCAUAUGAGGACUAUGACAGCGAGCUCGACAACUACCUUGGCAGACCUGGAGAUCCCCAAUGCCACCCUGCUCACCCGUGCCUCCCUGAGCCCUUGACAGGCUUAAGCCCAGCAGCUCUGGCUGCCGGCGUGCUCGAGCUCGAAGACCCUCAGUCUUAUAGGCAGGCAAUGAGCUCGGUUGAUGCGGCACAGUGGAAGGCAGCCUGUGAUGAGGAGCUGAGUGCGCUUUUGAAAGCUGGCGUCUACGAGCUCGUCCCACGCAGUGAAGCUGCUGGCAGAGUGGUUACCUCAAAGUGGGUCUUCAAGAAAAAGCGUAAAGCAAACGGCUCGCUCGAGCGUUACAAAAGCCGAGUUGUUGCUCGGGGCUUCUCCCAGGUAGAAGGCAUCGACUACUCAGUCACCUUUGCUCCUGUAGCGAAGUUCCAGUCCAUCCGAGUUCUACUCGCCCUAGCCGCUGCUCACAACCUUGAGCUACACCAGAUGGAUGUUAAGACUGCAUUCCUGUAUGGCGAGCUCGAUGAGGAUGUGUAUAUGGAGCCACCUGAGGGCUGCGAGGUGCCGAGCAAGAUGCUGUGGAAGCUGAGGAGAUCACUUUACGGCCUCAAACAAGCGCCUCGGGCAUGGUACAUGAAGCUCCAUCUCACUCUCCUGGAGCUCAGUUUCCGCAGAGCACACUCCGACCACUCCAUCUAUGUGCGCACGGAUGCUGCUCGCGGCUUAAUCAUCGUCGGAGUCUAUGUUGAUGACCUCACGAUUGUUGCCGAGCAGCUCGCCACCAUAGACGAGUUCAAGCAGGAGAUGUCUGCUCGGUUUGAGAUGAAGGAUCUCGGCGAGCUCAGCUUCAUCUUGGGAUUGCAGGUCACCCGAGAUCGAAGUACCCGUUCACUCAGGCUCUCUCAAUCACACUAUGUCGACUCGAUCCUCAAGAAGCUUGACAUGAUUGAAUGCAGGUCGGCCAAGACCCCCCUGCCUGCUCGGAUUGUGCUCAGAGCUCGGGGGGAUAGUGAAGACAGAGCUGACCGAGCUCGGUACCUGACUGCCCUUGGCCAGCUCAUGUACUUGAUGCUUGGAACACGGCCAGACAUUGCGUUCGCUGUUGGGCUUCUCUCUCGAUUUGCCAGUGAUCCAUCUGAGGAGCACUGGAAUGCCAUGGUGCAUGUGUACCGGUACCUCCAAGGUACUCGCCAGCUCGGGAUCACAUUUGCUCGCCCGAGCGAGAACCUACUUGGGUACAGUGACUCUGACUUUGCCUCCAGCGAUCUAAGCAGGAGACGCUGCACAAGUGGCUUCCUGUUUACGCUUGCUGGUGGCUCAGUGAGCUGGUGUUCAAAGCGUGAGCCUAGUGUCUCGAUCGCCACAGGUGAGGCUGAGUAUGUGGCUAUGUCUCAAGCUGCUCGGGAGGUAGUAUGGCUUAGAUCCCUACUUCUCGAGCUCGGCUUUGAACAGGUUGGAUCAACCCUCCUCUAUGGUGACAACCGAGCUGCCCUUGUGCUCGCUGAGAACCCAGUUGCACACACUCGCUCAAAGCAGAUUGACAUCCGCUUCCAUUACUUGCGAGAGCUCGUUGAGCGAGGAGUCAUUCAGCUCGAGUACAUCCAGUCGUUUGCACAAGCAGCAGAUGGGCUCACAAAGGCGCUGAGCCCCAUGGAGAAUACACGGCUGACAGAGAUCUCUGGGCUGAGCUUGCCGUCACUGAUACCAGAGGUGCUAUAG